GGUUCGUCGCGUGUCCAGCCUUCUUCCGUUGCGGUUGCUUCAUCAGCCACGGUCGAGACGUUCUGCUCUCCUAAAAAGUUGAGCGCCUAUUGAAUAAUUCAUCGCAACAGCACAACAACAACAUCACAACCACGGUGCGCAGUCAAUGACCUUCCUGGAAUUUCCCGAUACCGUCCCCGAGUCCCCGUGCACUGCAGCGCCAAUCCACAAUUCCAUUCGUCUUCUACAAUACAAGACAGGAUUAGACAGGACAGUAGGAGAACAGUGAGAGAGGAUCGACAAAUUGAAAUCGCUCUUCUAUCUUCUAUCCCCGUCAAGUUUUGCCUGAGAUAUCUUACUCUAUGUGAUAUUUCAAACAGAUAGUCAUGGCAACUCAACAGGAUGCAGAAGCGGCUCCAACAAGUGCUGCCGGUUCUACUGCCGGCGCGGUCUCUUUAUCCAAACCAGAUCGUUCUUCUACCUCUACCCCUAAAAAUAGAUCAGAUGCGCUGGACGAUUCACACACCGGCGCUCAUCUGGGUCGCGACAAAGAUGCCUUCAAACAAAUACUGAUAGGACAGGCUAUUGCCCGAGAUCACAUACACUCUGCUGCUAUGGUUAGCGACAAAGACCGGCAAAACGAGCAUAACAAAUACCAAUUUAAGAUGAUCAACGACUAUAAGCUUUUACGAAACGAAUACAGAGCAUGGUUUACACCCAGUAGACUUUUCGGAGAGGGCUACAGUGGUUAUGGCAAUGGGAGAACAGAGAUCGGACAACAGUCGCGAUUGAUGUAUCCAGCUCAGAAACUCAGGCCGGGUAAGCGACAAGCGCCGCCUCUGAAAUGGAAGAGGAAGGAUAUGAAGCAGCAGGCCGAGCAGCAUGAAGAGUUAGUUCCCGUUCGGCUAGAUGUAGAUUGGGACAAGAUCAAGUUGCGCGACACCUUCACGUGGAAUCUCCAUGAGAGAAUUGUCGGUGCUGAUCUAUUUGCGGCGCAUUUAGUAGAAGAUAUGGGACUCAAGGCGCCUGCCGCUCAGCCCGUAUUCGAGCAGGUUGUGCAGCAGAUGCAUGAGCAGCUCAACGACUUUUACCCCUUUGUAUUCUCCGAUGAAGAUGCGUUAGACCCCGAGUUACCUUACUCGGCUUGGAAGAAUGACGAGAUGAGAAUAUUAGUCAAGCUUAACAUCACUAUCGGGCAGCAUACCUUAGUAGACCAGUUCGAAUGGGAGAUCAAUAACCCUCUCAACUCGCCCGAGGAAUUUGCGGCGAGCAUGGCCAAGGACCUUGCACUCUCCGGAGAGUUCACCACGGCCAUUGCUCACUGUAUCCGAGAGCAGACGCAGCUUUUCACACGGAGCUUAUACAGUAUAGGACAUCCAUUUGACGGCAGACCAAUUGAGGACCCGGAUUUAAUCAUGGCUUUUCUCCCAUCACCGCUGCCUUCCGUGUUCCGGCCGCAGCAACAGGCUAAGGAAUACGCUCCGUAUCUAUACGAGCUCAGCGAGGCGGACCUAGAACGGAACGAGAUGGUAUUCUCCCGAGAGCAAAGAAGACAAAAGAGAUCCAUAAAUAGACGAGGAGGACCAACGCUACCAGAUCUAAAGGAGAGACAGAGGACAAUCCGAACUCUUGUUGUCUCUUCUACACUGCCAGGUGCAGCAGAAAACGUAGAGGAAAGCAGACUCUAUAAGCGAGUCGCGGGUGCGCCAGGCGCAAGCACAGGCAGGAGGAGAGGACCUGGAGCACGCGACGGCGAUAUAUCAGAUUCCGACGAAAGUGACGAUUCGGGUCCUGAUUCACCUGCCGCUUCACAAUUAACCGGUACGGCGAGAACGAGAGGUAUGAGAGGUGCCGCAACUGCUGCACAGCAGCGGAUGGCGAACCUCGGCCGGUCCGAAACCCCCGAAGCCACGAUACAUCACCACGAAACUCGGACAUCAAGAAGAUUUGGGCGUGAACUAACUAGGGAAGAUACCGAAGAACCCCAACAACUCCAGGUAACGCUUAGGGUUACAAAUAAAGAGAGAUUACGGAAGAUUCUAUUACGCGAUCCCAGAUUGAAGCAAAGCACACCAGGCAGAUCACAGACACCAUCUCAAUACCAUGCCCGUGCCCAUAGUGCCUCUGUAUCGAAUAUCAUGCCUCCUCCCCCUUCUACUCCGAACGCCUCGGCAUCGGCAGCUAUUGCGACAACCCCUUCCAAUACUAUACCACCAGGACAAAUCGGCCGAGUUGAAGCCCCUGCAUCGGUAGCCGGGGCGCCUCCCCCAGUUCCCCCCCCUCCUCCCGCAUGGCUCGUCACGGCGCUGGAGAAGUUCAAACAAGAACCGGCGUAUGCAAACGACAGGUUUGAAGGAAUCAUGCGGUAUAGCUCGGUCAAUUCCAACACGGGCGCGCCAGUCCCCCUGCCUCAGCAGGGCGAGCCGAUCCCCCCGCACGUGCGAUUUUAUUUCCUCCCGCGGAUCCGGUGUCUCGACUGCCCGGGUAAGCUGUACACACCGGGGCCAGAUAUAUCAGCUUCGAACUUCGAGGUCCAUCUUAAGAACAAGGUACAUAAAGAGAAGGUGGAGCUCCGGCUGGCGUUGGAAGGCAAGGCGGGCGGAGUGCAGUGAAUAUAAACGAUGCAUGGCGUGUGUAAAGAGGUGAAAUGUGAGCAGAAGAGCCUAGGACUGCAAAAUGUUUAUAAGACAUGGUGUGGAGUUACGGAUUGGAGAAUAUUAUCCUUCCCAAGUGGCCCCUUUAGAUAUGCGCCUCGACCAGUUUGGUACUGGUUAGUUACUACGGGGAGUUAUUAAAAUUUGCAACGGGGAAGCGCGGAGUUUGUAUUAAUAUCAGCUCUCGGCGUCGUAUAACAAGCCUUCUCUCGAUAGAGACGCCCCAUGUUGAAAACAACUAGUUGUUUCGAUAGUUAAUUUAGCUAACCUAAAGAUAUGAGGUCGAGUAGGUC